CCAGAGAGCAUCAUCACCAUUAUUCAUUCAUCCAAUCAGCUCCUCCUCCUUUCAAAAAACAGAAACCAAAGAAGAAGGAAAGGAAGAAGGAACACAGCAAAACCACCACACACAGAAAAGGUACAGACAUUGCAUCGGAGAGAAAGAGAGAUAGAGAGAAUGUCGUGGCAAGCGUACGUCGACGACCACUUGUUGUGUGACAUAGACGGCCUAGGCCUGCAUCUCUCCGCCGCUGCCAUCAUCGGCCAGGACGGCAGUGUCUGGGCUCAGAGCUCUUCCUUCCCUCAGUUUAAGCCUGAGGAGAUCAAUGGCAUCAUAACUGAUUUCAAUGAACCAGGUCACCUUGCCCCUACAGGCUUACACCUUGGCGGGGUAAAGUAUAUGGUAAUCCAAGGAGAGCCUGGAGCUGUCAUUCGUGGGAAAAAGGGAUCGGGAGGUGUCACUAUUAAGAAGACUAGUCAAGCUCUAGUGUUCGGCCUCUAUGAGGAGCCUGUGACCCCUGGACAGUGCAACAUGGUUGUUGAGAGGUUGGGAGAUUACCUUGUUGAUCAGGGUCUGUAGGCCUCGGCCUGUCAUGAUUCUAUAUAUAGUACCUCUUCCUAGGAGAUGUUAAUUUUCUUCCUCGUUUCUGCUUCUAAGUUUAUACCACUUCCUCCAAAGCCAUGAACUAGACAUGGAUUCGUUGUAGCCAAUAACCAUGCAAGGCCCUUACAGCAGUUAGUGCUUUAGGGUCAUUUUGAUUGCAUUGCAUCAUUUAUUCUCGGUCUAUGUUUAUUAUGUAUAAACCAUGGGCGGUUUCUCUACUUUUUAUUUGUGUUGGCAUUGAAGUAUCAAUUUUUAUACGAAUAUAUAUGUCCA